ACCUCGGCAAAGGCAAUCGAGAUUUUGGGCAACGCGUCACGAUCGCGAAGAGCACGCGUCCGAUCUCUUCUUGUACCGUGACCGCCACCAGCGUUCUCACCCUCGUCUCUUCUAUUUCCUAACGUCUCCAUGGUUCAUGUACGGCUGAAUGAGAAGGAGCCAAACCCUAACCCCCACAUAAACUUUAUCACUCCACUACCUAUAGGCGACUCUACAGCGGAAGAGGAUGCGAGGCAGCUACUGCGAGCUUUGGCUGCUCAAGUCAAGCCGGUCAUGAGGUCACACGGCUUUGUAGUAAACAGUUUCGAAGAGUACGAAUAUAAUAAGGUCUUCGCAGGACGUAACUGGAAUAAUGGGGAAACCGUUGAGGUUGUUCUUCGGAAUGCUAUAGGUACUUACUAUCCCACCAGUUGGCUAAUGAGUACAUUAUGUCAUGAGCUCGCGCACAUUAAGUACAUGAAUCAUGGACCAGCUUUCCAAGCUUUGUGGGCCCGACUUCGUCGAGACGUGCGAGAAUUGCAGAACAGGGGGUAUUAUGGAGAUGGCUACUGGUCGUCUGGUACCAGACUGGCUGAUGGCGCCAAAGUCGGCGGGCAAGGUCUCGAUAUUGGUGAUCUACCAGAAUAUAUGUGUGGAGGUGCUCAGACUCGUGCACGUCCUUCAUCCUUUCGCCGGCGAAGAACCAGGCGUACAGCUGGUCCUUCGAGUCAUACUGGUGCCCAGACCGCGAAGAAGCGGAAAGCAGGUUCACGAGUUACUGCGAAGGAUGCCUUCAAGGGCGAAGGUAUGGCACUCAGUGCUGGAGGCGAUAACGAGGCGGUGGUGGGUACAGGGUUCGGGAAGCGUGCAGGAAGCAAGAAAGCAAGAGAGGAAAGGGCUUUGGCAAUUGAGCGUCGACUCAAGAUGCUAACACAGAAGCCAGAGGACAUUGCAACGCAAGAUCAAGAAGGCGACGUAUCUUCCGACGGUGAAGAUGCUCCACCAGAAACAGACCAAGACCGUCGUCGUACCCUCCUUGAGACGGCAGACAAUCUCGAAGAUUUGAAGACCUCAUGGUCUACCAUCGGAGAUGACUUUGUGUUCCCUUCCAGUACCCAGGAUACAAAACCAUCACGUCGGAAACAAGCAAGCACGUCUCCCGUUGCUGGCCCAUCUCGGCCUCCCAUACCAUCGAGCUCGAAUUCUGUCAUAGUGAUUGAAGACUCAGACGAGGAGCCCGCAUGCGAUACCCAAAUUCUGACGAAGUCGAGCUCUACUGCUACAGCGACUGCUUCUGAUGCCUGCGACCCAUUGUCCGCUUCAGGGAGGCCUAGGAAGAAACAAAAGACCUUAUACGGUUCUAUAGUCGAAGACGAAGUUCAACAUCGAAAGAAAGAGGCUCUGGGCAUGUUAGGCCCAGGUCGGACGUUAGGCGGACCGUCGAGCACAAUUCGAGGUGGUACUUCGCAAACAACUGUUCCCCAGUCCUCCCCCUCUACUUCGCUACGCCAACAAUCUCAGCCCAGUCGUACAACCGGCGUUCUGGACAAUGAGGUUGGGAGUGAAUGGACGUGUCUCGUGUGUACACUGAGCAACAAACCGGAACACCUGGCUUGUUCCAUUUGUGCAACACCAAGGGGGGAAUCUACGUGGAGCGGAGACACUUGAUAUCGUCGUUGAGCACAGAUCCGAGCAAACUUGCUUUGCACUUUUUGCAAUGCGAAAGUGCUGAGCGCUUCAGGACAAGUUCCGAAAACGGCAAUUCUUGAAGAGGCUGUAGGCAAACAUGGACAAAUACUGAGACUCACUGCUAGCCCGGGUUUCGGCUAAACUUCAGUCCACUAUUUUAACCAGUAGACUUGCACCUGCUUAUACCUGCAUGCACUGACAUACACGGAACACGAAGACAACCUGUUCAAUCUAGAUAAUUCGGAGUUACAUCACGAUAUCACGAUACCUGGUAUCAAUAGUUGUACAACAGAGUCGAUGUAAUAGUUUUUCUUUUCCCAUAAUUUAUGUAGACGUGAGGGGUGAGACGUUCAAAUGUACGCAUGGAAUGUCUUCGGAUAACGGGUUUGAAUGGAACGAGGGGCGAUAUAAUUCGAUGUUCACACAAGCAGGUUGUACACAAUUGCGUCUUCGUUAGUGCUUCCAGC